ACGCAUACGUACUGAAGCGGGAAGGUGUUGGGGAAACAAACCAUAGGCUUCAAAUAGAGGGCGGGGGGUAGAGCGCUCUUAGAAGACAGCAAGAGGGCGUACGGAAGUUUCAAAAAAGUGGCGCAUGCGCCUGGGGAGCAGACAUUUCCUAUUUUCCGUAAUCGCUGAGCAAAGGAUGGUUAUAGCUGGGGAAGAGGAACGGACGCUCGAUUGCGCUGUUUUCGGCUUGUGCUGGCUAGUUGCGGGGUGAAGGGGCACGGGGUAGAGUGGUCGCUGCUGCCACUUGUCCUCGCCUCGGCGCUUUUCGGGGGGGUGAAGGGAGAAGCCCCUCGAGUGCAGCCAGGCCUCUGUUAGCCGGGAUUGGCUCCCAGCAAGAGGAGGCCUUAAGCACUAGAAGCCUCCUCGGGGGCUGAAUUCAGUGGCGGAGACGGGUUUUUAAAAACGGUUUCAUUUCUUGAACGGCUUACUUGAAGAAGGGCUGGGUGGCGAGCUCGGAAACUCGCAUCCUGCAAUGCCAGCUCGGCCCUGCUCAGAAGUAUGUUUAACCAUCAUUAAUAGUGUUCAAAGUAUUGUGUAUGUAUUUGUUCGAGGCUUGGGCUGAGAUCACCCUCUAGGAAGCCAAAUCCAUAAAGUCUGCUUCUAUGUGUACAGAUUUCAUCUCUCUGUAAUUUUGAGGCCUCCUAAUAAAAGCAAUGGAGGAGGCCAGCACUGUGGAGGAAGGGGAAGUGACCUCGGGGAUGCAGUCCUUGGCGGUGGAAGACGGGCCGGCCUCAGAGCGAGCCACCCCCAUGGAGGAGCAAGAGGAGGUGCCGGGAGAAGCAGAGGGGGAGCAGGCAGGAGAGGGAGGCGAGUCUGCUGAGGAGGACUGGGAUGUGCCCUGCAGUGAUGAGGAGCUGGACUCCCCAGACACCUGGAUGCCUCCCCCCAAGGAGAUCCGACGUCUCUAUGAACUCAUCGCUGCGCAGGGGACUCUGGAGAUCCAGGCAGAAAUUUUGCCCCGACGCAACCCUACCCCAGAGGUCGGCAGUGAAGAUGAGGAUAAAUCUGAGGGACAGCCUGACAAUCAGGAAGAAGAGGAGGAAGAAAAGCCUCAUGUGCCAACAGAGUUUGACUUUGAUGAUGAGCCUAUCUCACCCAAAAGCUCCUUGAUCGAUCGCCGGAGAACCCCUGGGUCUUCUGCUAAGAGCCAGAAGCGGGAAGCGCGCCUGGAUAAGGUGCUGUCGGACAUGAAGCGCCACAAAGUCUUAGAGGAGCAGAUUUUGAAGACCGGCAGGGACCUCUUUGACCUGGACUCUGAUGACGUGCCCACUCCAAAACGGCCCCCCGGCCUUUUCUUGCGCCAGCGCAAAUACUGACAGCAGUGAUGAAGAUGGGCUUUUUGACCUUUGGGAAGUGGGUUGAAGAAAGGGCUUUUGGGUUAAAAGCAGAUGAAUUCUCUGCCAUCUUAAGUCAGGCAGCGUCUUGGACUUCGGCACAGAUCCUGCACCUGCUGCAGGAGGUAUUUACUUGGAGUUAUUCAGGAAUAAUAAAACUCCAUGAGUUUGUUUAUUGACUUA